ACAGAAUUCUAAUUCCUAACCUCCAAAGGUUGUUUUCGUAUUCCUCGCUCACCAUACAUAAUAUUGUAAUAUCUUUUUAAGACACCAAUAUGAUUCCACGUUUUACUCACGUAUUACAACUAAUGAAAAAUGUGGAAAGGAAUUUGUUUCAUAUAUUUGGAAAUCAUCCACCAAAAGAAUUAGCACUGGCCUAUGUUCAUGAGAAGAAGCCUGUACCUACUCCCAAAAAGUUCUCCAUUAAGGACAUCGUUGGGGAUGGGUUCUUAUUGGCUGUACCUAAAUUCCGGAGAACUAUUGAAAGAAAACUUAAAAGAAAAUUUGGUUCACCUGAGUAUGUAUGGAAGAUGCUUAUUCCAAAUAACUCUAUUAAAGUUUGUCAAAAUUGUGGUCAUCAUCAUGAAAAACGAAGAUUGUGUGAAAACUGUUACACUAAAGUAAAGAAAGAAACUGAGGAAAUUCAAGCACAGAUAAAGGAAAAACUUGUUAUCAACCCAAUUGAACAUGAUGUUGUGGUUUUGUAUAAGGGAGAAACACUACCAGAUCAGCCCAAGGAAUUCUGGAAGGGCAAAAGAAUUAUUGAAAUGAAAAAGGAAAGACCACAGUGGUUCAGCAAAAACCUACUUGAAAAAACAACACAGCAACCAUCCAAGUCUACAGAUGUCAAACCUACCGAUUUAGCAUAAUAUAGGUGACCAUAUAUACUGGUUUAGUAAUAUAGAAACUAUAAAUAAAUAGAUAUGAGAUAAAUAAAAGAGGUUUAUUUAAUUUCCAUCACUUUAUACUACACUUAAAAUAUAAUAUGCUGAUAAUUAAUAUACUAUCAUUUUCUAUCUACAUGAAAUAGUACUAAUAUCAUUACCAAUUAUUUAAAUUAGGAUUAAUGUCUAGCAUAUUUUCCUACAGCUUAAUUUAAGUAUGUGUUCUUUCAAUAAGUGACAUGUAGAUUUAUUUUUUAUUUUAGUAUCUGCCAUACUCAGAUACAUCCAAAGGUUACCCUGCAAUACUGUUAAUAACUUGCUUUUUUAAUAUUACAGUUUUCCAUUAUAUAGUUCUACGAUAAAACAUUAUUAGUGGUUAUGAUAUGUGUUUGCAUCAUUGUAUGACAGUUAAUGCUUAAAAAAAUUGUGCCCCUCUUUAUAAAACUAAUUGUUAGAUAAAAGACAUUAAAUCAAAUGUUUUCUAUUUCCAUUUAUUUAAAAAUGGUUUAUUCCAAAAACAAAAGCCAUGUUCAGAGGGCUAAAAGCCAUUUCUGAGGAAUUAUGAAACCUGUCUUUAGAAAUCCUUAUAUGACCCUCAUGUAUAAGAACAUUACCCAAUUACUUUAAAUUUAUUUCAUAUGAGAUGAGGAAACUUAACAUUUAUAGAAGUAAUAUUAAAAUAAAAUUGACCUGAGAUAACUUGUUCAAACAAUUUUGGAACAUUUGGAAUAUACAGAUCAAUCAUAAUAUAUUAUAAUAAUAUGUAUAAAUAAAUAUGAAUUUGUAAAGUAAUUAAAUGAUAUUAUCAAAUGAAUUUGGAACAUUAUCAAAAUGAUCAGUUAUAGAGUCAGGUUCUGCUUCACCUAAAAAGUGAUUUUCAACAUGAGACUGAAAUUCAGAAAAGGCAAUUUCUUUUUGGAAUGUCUGUCCACACAUGGGGCAAAUUUUAUCACAAGCUUCAUCAACAUUAUCCUUGUCACUUUCUUCUAAAAUACUUUUCUUGUAAGCUGAUGUGUUUAAUUCACUAAAAUUGUUAUUAUAUGUGCUAGAGUCUGCAGGAGUUGCCCAAUUAGCUAGACUGUCACUUGUUUCAAUCUCUUUGUGCUCUGAUGUUGUGAUUUUAGCAUUGUUUGCAAUGCAUGUUGGACACUUGUACCCAUCUGCAAAAAAUAAAAAAAAUAGGUCAGUUUCUAACUUACUAGCCACUGUCCCGUGGUUUCACCCACAGCUCGGCUCCUACAUAUUGUAGCGUGAAGUUAUAUAGCCUAUCGCCUUCCUUGAUAAAUGGACUAACAAACACAAAAAGGAUUGUUUAAUUCCAACCAGUACUUCCAGAGAUAAGUGCGUUAAAACAAACAAACCAACUCUACAGCUUUAUAAUAUAAGUACAGAUGUUGGAGAACCAAACACUGUGUGACAAAUUAAGCUGAAAAUAUUCUAUUAUUAGCAUUUAAUACCUCUUAACACAGAUUCAACUUUAGAUAGUACUAAUUUUAAAUCUGUUUCUUGCUGUACAAGCUCCUUCUUCAUGCACUGAAGUUUUUCUGUUUGACAGUGAAUUUCUUUUAAUGAGUCUGUAGGUGGAUCUUCAAUGUAUGUGAAGCCAAUUGAAUCAGCAUUCAAGAGAUCAUCAUCCAUAUCCUGCAAUUGAGCCAUCUGCUCAUAUUGUUCAACCAACUGUGACUUUUCUUGAAUAUAGCUAUUUAUCAAUUUUAAAGAUAUUUCUUCCAAACUUGACUCUGAGUAUUUUUCCUGGUAAUGUGAACUAUUUUUGGGAGUGCUAUGAAUGUAAGUGUUAGUGCGUAAUAAAGGCUGCUUAUUGGACUUAUCAGGACCUUUCAAAGUGGAGAUUUUGUUCCAAAGAUUUUUAUUUUCACAUUGAACCAUGAAAACAUGGUGCAUGAGUUUUGACUUUUGUUUGUUCAGUUCUGCAAUUUUUUGAUGUAAGGCAAGCUUUUCAUCUUCUUUCAUAGGUGUGUAUGGUGAGCACUCUGAAGCCUUUACCACAUCUAGUUUUAAUCGCAUGUUAUCAGUUUCCAAUGCGUUAAUUCUUCUUUGUAAUAAUAAACAACGGUCUCUCAUGGCAUGUAAAGCUAACUCAUGAACGCUGAUAUUGUUACAGUCACCUUUUAAUGUUGUUUGGAAAGUAGAAUCAUUGUUAAAACUGACGAUCGAUGACGAAUCCAUAGUUUGUCAAUAUAAAAAAUACGCACUAUUGAGAUAAAAAGUAUAAAAAAUUGUGUUACCGUAUUACAACAAUGAAAUUCGUUAAAUGGGUACUAAAGAACGAAGAAAUGCCACAAAAACAUCAAAUAAGAUAGGACGCAUACAAUCAAUUCAACCUAGCAUUUAAUUGUCAGUUUGAGUUUGACAACUACGGUCAGAUGUUAAUGACAGCAACUUUAAUGCAGGUAGGUAUUGCAAAUUGU